AGCCAAUCUCUAGAUAGUGUUACACCCAUUAGUCAAGUCUAGAGAGCACGCAGCUAUCAAGUCUACAGAUAUAACAAAGCCAUUGUUUAGGGCUACGGCUACUGACUAGUUGAACGAUCAUCUAUGACCUUGAGUGUGUAUGGCUUGGCCAUUCCAAGUAUGACAGCAAAACAACUGGCAGGCACCUUAGCAAACCUAAAGGUUGACUUAAUUCUCUCCCAGUACCACGCAUUGUCGAUGCCAAGGUUUGUAGAAGACAUCGGAGGUCGCGGCCUAUCACAUAAACAGCCUGCAAGACUGGAUUGCCUCCCCUUUUACAAUGGAAUCUGUAUUCUUGGACAGUUCAGCCUUAAAAGCGGUGGAUGACUAUUGCGACUACAAAAGGCUUGUUGGUGAUGACGACGGAGGCAAAAUGUUUACUCCUGAGCAAUAUGAGGAGUACAAGAGGAAAAUGAUCCCACAGCGAUUGAAAAACAGACUGUAUGUGAGCUUUGGUGUGCCAGGAGGCAUCGACUGCAAACACGUCGGUCCGGAGACACCGUGCUUCUGUGCACAUAGAUACAAGCAACAUAAGACGGACUUUGAGGUCAUUCCUUCUGAGCGACCUUUACGCCUCCCCUGCCGGGUGAGGAAAUGUCUUUGUUGUGCCUAUGAAUAUCUUCCCCACAUCGGGGCAGUACCCGUCCGCUGCCGGUGUAAACAUUUGCCUCAAGAUCACACCGAAGGCGCCGGACAUUUGUGCAAAAAGUGUGACUGUUCUGGGUUCAGGAGUCCGUACACAUGUGGAUGUGGCCAGCCCGCAUACAAUCACCAGACGCUGGUUGAGACAAAGUCCGAGAGGGAGGCACGAGGUCGCCCGGUGGGAGAAGAUGUGCCUUAUGCUGCGAUGGGCGGUCUGACCGGGUUCUGCUCCAUGCUGGAUAGUUACACUGCUUUGGAGGCCAAUGCGUUGUGUGAUGAGUCAGAGGAUGACCACCAGCAAGGAUGGAAAAAAACAUCUCCCAAAGCUACCACUUCGAUUUGUAAACAAAGGAUGAAAUAAAAGGGGAAAGUUUAUCCAUCAUGACCUGUCCAUUAAAUCUUGAUGGGGGAAAAAAAGUUCAGUUGCCAUCGCUUAUCUUAAAAAUGAAGCUUGUCACGGGCAAUCAGAAUGAUUAUAUGCCACAUCCAAUCAACAUUUAUUGUUAUCAGUCGAUGUGACGCAAUGACACAUGGGCGACGUCUGAACAAAUCACACGUUGACAGCGAUUGAAUUCAUCGAAAUGCUCUUUGGGAUGAAAGAAUAGAGAUUUUUGAAGUUCAAGACAUUCAUUAUCAGCGACACAUGGCUUAGUGGGAUGCAAAAAUGCUGUGCAAAUUAACAUCCACAGCUGCAAAAUAACAGCGAUAAGAUUAAUUUCAUCUCACCGUAUUUGUAUUUAUUAUUUUUAUUAUUUACUAGCAAAGCUCCAAAUGUAGGUCUUAUCCUAUGGUUAGUUUAAAUGGCUAAUGGUAUGUAUUGAUGCGGGGAGAGAGCCAGCCGCCCACUCAACAUGUCAUCAAAAAUAACAGCAGCACCUCAGUGCUGUGUUCCCAGCCUUUAAUUCCUGCUAUUGAUUAAUCCUAUUCCUCACGGAAGAUCAGAAACGAUGAUUUAAUCCGCACCGCGAGUGAGGCGAGUUUGCUCGCUCAAUUGGUGGCCCACUUCCACACCAAAAUAAAAUCAAUAGGCUCUAAACGAGGUUCCUCUCCCCCUCAAGUGUUCCCGCUGCGAUCAUCUCGCAGUCAGACUCGAUCAGCAUCCGCGUUGACGUCGGGCCGGUGCAUUUCGAGUCACCUGUGUCGUGAUGUUGGUGAACAGGUGGUGUCGGGGGGAAAGAAUUCAGGUUGCGCGUGGACGACGUCAUGGGUGCACCUGGGUCUCUGCAGACCGCCACUCGGGGGGAAGAGAGUGGAAGGGAUUCCAAGUGAAAGCUGACACAACCGGUGUGUAUCGAGAAUGAGCGUCAGCGCAGGUUGAGGAGCCCAAAAUAAUUUAGUGCUCGCACAUUAUUAGUGUGGCACGAAUAUUAUUCAAAGUAAUUGCCUCUGCGUAGCAACCCCAUUGAGGAGGCGGCGGCGGUGGCGUUUUACUUUUGGCCGAAGAGAAUAACUACCAGGCCCUCUCAGAUCCCCAUGGAAACCACACCUAGCUUGACUGACAGACGAGGCAUAAAAAAAAUCAGGAGACGCAGAACAGAAGAUUAAAUUGGCAAUUACCGCGCAAAGAAAUACUUAAUUACCCUCGUGACAGUGCAAACGGAUGCAAUUGGAGAAGGGGAACAUCAUUCAGCCCAGACGGACAGUUGCUGGUUAACAAGCACUUAUCGUACUGACCCAGAUACCACUCCCAAAAAAACCAUCUAUCAAAUAUAUUUCCAAACAUGAAUUGUCUCUGUGAAAGAACACACGUCCGCAAAUCACAUGACACAUUGGAUGUGUGAACAUCUCUUUUGUGGUGAGAGCUGUAGGGAAUUGACAGCGCAUGACAGUGCAGCGAUUUCACGGAGGCCGAGAUUGAAUCCCCUACCCGUGUCGCUUGACACCAGGAGGAGGAACUGGAAUAACUCGUGUGAAAUGGCUUUGUUAAAAAAAA